AUGGGCCACUUUCGCGCUUUGAUUGGAUGUUCUAUCCUCUUCACCAGCAACUAUCCAGCGCCAUCUGAGUGGUCCGAAUUCAGUAGAAUCAAACGUCAUAUCGAAGACCUUCACGGCGAAUGUGUUUUUAAGUAUGACGACCCGAAACUCACGCACCUAGUGACUUCGCAGAGUGAACUCUCCGAUAAAGAAGGCUUUACGACGUGCAUUCCCCACAGAGAUUGGAAAGGCGUCCACAUUGUCAGUUACGAGUGGCUGAAGGAGUGUCUCCGAGCCGGCAAAAGGAAAGAAGAAGGCCAAUACAGAUUGAAGGUGCCGGCGCGGAUGGAAGAUCCUGAAUACAACUACUUUACCCACCGCCGAUUGAAAAAGUCAAAGAAUACGAAAACUUCCAGUCAAGGCUAG